AUGGGAUGUCGCUGUUCCAGAGCAAUCUCCACAGAUGCCCACCAACCUCCGAAAAUUCACUCUGCGGAGGCGACGGCAAGCACGGCCAGCCGCAAGAGCAUCGCGGAGUACUUGUCGAAAGCUAGGCCUGGAAUCAAGAACGCGAGAAUCAAACAAAAAGAUAUUUCACAGGUUUAUGAGAUUCUAGAGGACCGAGUGCUUGGGACCGGUAUGAAUGGCAAGGUGUACUUAGCAAGGAAUAAAGCCACGGGAGAGAAAGUUGCUGUGAAAACUUUGACUACGGAGAAUCUCAAUUCGAGGAAGUUUGAGCUACUCCGGAAUGAAGUCGAAAUUUACUUGCAUUUGGACCACCCCAACGUGUGUCGCCUUCUGGAGGUGUAUGAAGACAACGCGAAUGUGAGGCUGGUGAUGGAGGCAUGUACGGGUAAGGAGCUUUUCGAGCGGCUCGCGUCUAAGAAGAGAUACGGCGAACAAGAUGCAGCACAAGUCGCCAAACAAAUGCUAGACGCUCUGCAUUAUUGUCACAAGCAGAACAUUUGUCACCGCGACUUGAAGCUCGAGAAUUGGGUGUAUGCGGACACCUCUGAGAACGCACCACUACGUUUGAUCGACUUUGGCUUCAGCAAGGUCUUCACGCAGAAUCAGCCAAUGACCGCGAUGCACGGGACAGUCUACUAUGUGGCUCCAGAAGUACUCGAGGGCUCUUACGACUCGAAGUGUGAUGUAUGGUCAAUCGGGGUGAUCGUUUACAUGAUACUAUCUGGCGCACCACCAUUCGGAGGCAGCACUGAUGCGCAAAUCAUCAGCAACGUCAGAAAUGGCCGGUUCUCAUUUGAAGGUCCACGUUGGGCAGGAAUUUCGGAUUCAGCGAAGGAAUUUAUUAGUUUCCUCCUACAACGGGAUCCUGCUAAGCGUCCGUCCGCAAUAGAAGCAUCGAAGCACGAAUGGAUCACGUCGAAUCUGGCCAAAAACAGCUCGCAGUCUAGCGAAGACGGCGGCAUCGAUCGCUCUGUGCUCGAGGGCUUAUGCCAGUUUUCACGACAGAACGGAAUCAAACGCGCCGCUCUCGGUAUGAUCGCCCUUAGUAUGUCCCGCAACGAGAUGCUCGAGAAUCUCGAGCGGGAAUUCAAAUCGCUUGAUACAGAUGGAAGCGGGACGAUUAAGUUACAGGGCUUGAAGGAAGCGCUGAUGAGAUACCUCGGCACUGACGAUGAAGAAGCUGAGCGCAUUUUCAAAAAGCUGGACCAAUCUGGUGACGAUGAAAUUCAUUACUCGGAGUUCUUAGCAGCAUGCUUAUUAACUCGACUUGCCAUGAACGAGAGCUGCAUCCAAGACGUUUUCGAUAAGCUGGACGUGGACAAGACCGGGUAUAUAUCGGUGGAUAAUCUACGGGCAGUCUUGGGCGAUUCAUUUUGCGGGACGAGCGUCGAGGAUCUGCUACGGCAAGUUGACUACAAAUGCAACGGGCGAAUCGAGUACGACGAAUUCGUGAGAGCGCUGACAGAACAGCGCGAAAUUGAACUUGAAGCUGAAGCAACUGAUCCUGAUGGUAAUGUUGAUAACGAUUAUUCGAAGCUAGAUGUUCUGGUUAGGGACGGGCCAGUUGGAGGUGCUAAGAUCAAUCUCUCGCAGCUUGCUUGA